AUUACCAUCGACAUGGUCAUGAUUAAACUCCGGGACUAUAUUAACAAGAGAAGAUUUAGAAAGAAAAGCAAGAUAUGAUAGCAUACGCAAAUGUUCUGCUUUUGUUUGUACUUUGGACACAUGUACACCGUGUGUUGACCCAGAGCUACCCAAUCAUCUACCCCAGCCAGAGUAUUGAGGUGGAGGAGGGCCAGAACCUAGAGGUCAGGUGUAGCAUUGGCAGCACAGAGGGUCCACCUAAAGCCCUGUACUGGAGGGGUGUGUGGAAGUCUGAAGAGGAGAUCCAUCAACAAUGGACAGAUAACUUCACAAGAACACUGGUCAUCAGGAAUAUCACAGGAAAAGAUGCUGGCAUCUACCAAUGUUUCUACAACAGCUCCACAGUACAGACAAAGAAAGGCCUAUCCAUCCGAGUUAUCUCAAAGUUGGCCACAGGUGCUCGGUGUCAUAGUAAAGAGUUUCUGUGUGAGACCAGUAAAAACUGUAUAUCUAUGGAAAAACGCUGCAACAAACAGGAAGACUGUAUAGAUGGAUCAGAUGAAAGGAACUGUCAGUAUGCUAAAUGCCUGGACAUGUUUAUUUGUCAGAACCAGCAAUGUAUUAAUAAGACAUUGGUCUGUGACAGUCUACAUAUCAAUCACUGUGGGGAUUGGUCAGAUGAAUAUUGUCUCAUCACAGAUUAUCAGUUCCCCAAAACAGAAGUGAUUAAUGCCACCACAAACCAGCCCAGUGAUGAAACCCAGAUGUCAUGGCUCAAGACGACUGUGUACGCAGUGAUUGGUUGUACUGUCGGCACCGUUUUGUUGAUUUCAGUAAUCGUUAUCAUUGUCUUUAGAUUCAGGAUGAAGAGUUCACUCCGAAGCACAGAGAGGGCACUCCGACGAUAUCAUAUGACGGUGAAUAGUCGAUCACAGCAGGACAAUAAUCAGAAUUCAAUAGAAAUGGACCCUUUCUUAUCUUCAUCAGCCACAUAUGGAAACAUCAUUGUAAAUGUGAAUAAUGGGGUACAAUAUAUUCCUAGGAGUGACUUCUCGCCUAUUGGAGUGCCGCCAUCUUAUUCUGAUGUUGAGAGGGAGAUGAAUAUUAAUAGAGGAUCUCCCCCUCCCACAUACAGUACAAUUGAUAGAAACCCUCCCAGGGAAGUCAUAAAUUUCAAUAAUUACAUUAUCCAUGACUCUUCCAUAGCCAGUGCAUGUGCCACUUGCUUGCCAUCUUUGUCUCGUGAUUCUUCCAUUUUAUCAGAAUCAGAACUUUGUGUACAACAAGCUAGACCUGUGAAUAAUUUGUGUAGUGAUCAGCAGACAAGAGUUACAUCUAACACCUGCAGUGUGUCAGUACAGACAACUAAUGAUGACCCUGAGGCUGGUGAUGGACAGAGGACAGCCCUGUCCUGUCGAUGCCAGUCUCUCUCUGUACAGAAUGGAGAAAUUGUGUUAAGAGAUUCAAAUGCUUCCAUGGAAAAUCAAGAAUCCAGUCAGUCACAAACUCCUCACACGGACUGUUCAUCUUGUGUUAGGGUAUGUCAGUUGGGUGUCCAGGAUGGUGCUAUUGUAUUGACCAGUCAAAAUCUAAACAGUGACCCAAUAAAUGGAACAUUUGAGGAAGGCCAGUCCAAUGAAAAUCUGAGGCAGGAGGAUAACAGGAAUGAUAUGGUCCUGGUUCCUCCAGAGUCUGCUCCUGCCCUGAUACAAGUGGAAGGAGGAGAGAUAGUACUGAGAGAGAGCAACCCACCAACAGUAGACCCAACAUCACAGCAAACAGAAGGGGCAACCCACCAACAAUAAACCCAACAUCAUCACAGCAAACAGAAGGAGCAAUGCACCAACAAUAAACUCAACAUCAUCUCAGAAAACAGAAGGAGCAACCCACCAACAGUAAAUCCAACAUCAUCACAGCAAACAGAAGGAGCAACCCACCAACAAUAAACCCAACAUCAUCACAGCAAACAGAAGGAGCAACCCAGCAACAGUAAACCCAACAUCAUCAAAACAAACAGAAGGAGCAAUCCAGCAACAGUAAACCCAACAUCUCAACCAACAGAAAGAGCAACCCACCAACAAUAAACCCAGCACCAUCACAACAAACAGAAAGAGCAACCAACCAACAAUAAACCCAUCAUCACAACAAAGAGAGGGAGCAACCCACCAACAAUAAACCCAACAUCAUCACAACAAACAGAAGGAGCAACCCACCAACAAUAAACCCAACAUCAUCACAACAAACAGAAGGAGCAACCACCAACAAUAAACCCAUCAUCACAAUAAACAGAAGGAGCAACCUAGCAACAAAAAUUGCAACAUAAUCACAACAAACAGAGGAAGCAACCUUCCACAUAUAACUGCCAAACAAUGAAGCACCCCACCAGCAAAAUUUGCAACAUUAUCACAACACACAGAGGGAGCAACCCACCACCAUAACUGCAAAAAAGAGAAGCAAUCAACCUACAAUAACUGCAACAUCAUUGCAACAAACAGAGAGAGCAACUUUUGACAAUAACUAUAACAUCAUCAAAACAAAGAAAGGAGAGAGGGGACAACCCAGAUACAAAAAUUACAAAAUCAUCACAAUAAAGAGAAGAAACAACCCACAGACAAAUAACAGCAACAUCUCAGAGCAGAGGGAGUAACGCACUGACAAUAACAGCAACAUCUCACAACAGAGGGAGUAACCCACUGACAAUAACAGCAACACCUCACAACAGAGGGAGUAACCCACUGACAAUAACUCAAUGACAAUAACUGCAACAUCUCACAACGUAGGGAAUAACCCACUGACAAUAACUGCAACAUCUCAUAUCGUAGGGAGUAUCCCACUGUCACAAUAACUGCAACAUCUCACAGCAGAGGGAGUAACCCAUAAACACUAACUGCAACAUCUCACAGCCAACAGAUGGAAGCAAGUAUUCCAACUCUGCAUUUUAAUGUUCAGUGGUCUAUUAAUAGAUAAUUAAUGUGUCUCCUUAAAAUACUUCAUGUCUGAAAUGUUAAAUGAGGUAAAAAAUGUAUUAAAUUUAAAGUGGGCUAAAAGUGAAAAUAAGAAUUUUAA